AAGGAACAAAUGAACUCGAACCGAAAGUGAACCGAAAAGUUCGAACCGAACCGGUUUUGGUUCGGUUUUUUUAUUUAGGGUCCGGUUCAAACCUCUGUCUGAUGGAAUGGACCGUCUCGAUGGCCACGGCCGCGAUCCCUGGCCUCAGCUCCGGAGGCGCCGGCCGAGAUUCGCCGGCGAAGGAGAAGCUCUUCGGCCGCGCUCCUCCUCUCCCUCUACUUCUUCUCCGAGCUCGCAACCUCCGCAGUGUCCGUGCUCGCUCCCGUGCCGUCCUUUUCGCUGUGCUCUCUCUUCUCCUUCUCCUUCUCUUGUCUCGCCACUUGAGCCCUUUCGUGGCUUGGAAAAACCCUCAUGCUUCCUCCGCUUCAGUUCCCUCGAGGGGUGGUUAUGCUGUGCUGAUUAACACUUGGAAGCGUAAUUCUCUUCUCAAGCAAGUCGUGUCCCAUUAUGCAUCGUGUAGCCGGGCUGAAGCUAUACAUGUUGUAUGGAGUGAGAUUGAUCCUCCAUCAGAUGGUCUUAAAUCACAUCUCGAAAAGCUUGUAUCAUCCAAGUCCCAUGGUGUACACAAGCCUAGUUUCAGGUUCGAGCUGUGUGAAGAGGACAAUCUGAAUAACAGAUUUAAACCAAUUGAGGACCUCAAAAAUGAUGCCGUUUUCUCAGUUGAUGAUGAUGUGAUUGUCCCAUGCUCCACAUUGGAUUUUGCAUUCACUGUAUGGCAGAGCGCUUCUGAUACAAUGGUCGGUUUUGUUCCUCGCACACAUUGGUUGGUUAAGAAGGAUGGUUUAGCGUAUUAUACAUACGGGGGCUGGUGGUCAGUGUGGUGGAUGGGUACAUACAGUAUGGUUCUUUCUAAAGCGGCAUUUUUCCAUCGGAAGUACUUGGAUUUGUACACGCAUAAGAUGCCCUCAUCAAUUCAUGAUUAUGUAACAAGGGAAAGGAACUGUGAAGACAUCGCGAUGUCAUUGCUCAUAGCUAAUGCAAGCGGAGCACCACCAGUCUGGGUUAAGGGAAAUUUAUACGAGAUUGGUUCGUCUGGCAUCAGCAGUAUGAAAGGGCACAACGAGAGGCGGAAUAAAUGUCUGAAUGAUUUCAUUUCUCUGUAUGAAACCAUGCCUUUGGUAUCAACCAGCAUGAAAGCCGUCGACACCAGACAAGAAUGGUUCUGGUAGCAUUUGAGCUAUAUCAUAUUUUCCGGCGAAGGUGGUCGAAGUUCUCAACCAUACUAAUGCAACUGGAGGUUGAAGUUCUCAACCAUACUAAUGCAACUACUGAUCUCCAAAUUUUUACUCAUUGAGAAGCUUUGCUUGAUAUACAUUGAGUGUAAACUAAUUCAGGCUUUAUAAAGAAAGAGCUUGUUGUUGUAGUGUAUCUUAUUGUGACCGAAUAGUGAGUAAUAUAUAUAUAUAUAUAUAUAUAUAUAUAUAU